CUGGUCUUCUCCUCACUCGUCCGCUCUCUCAUUCUCCAGCCAGAGCUGAGAACGACACCAAGCCUUCUUCAAAAUGAUGUCUUCAUCUUCUUCCACCCGCACCUACAUGUCUUCAGGAGGUUCUUCCAGCUUUGGCGGUGGAGCUGGUCGUAUCACAGCCAUGCGUGCUGGUAGUGUGUACGGAGGAGCAGGAGGACACGGGACACGCAUCUCCAGUGCCUCUUCUUCUCGUUCCUUCUCUGCUGGUGGUGGUGUUGGUGCUGGUUAUGGAGGUGGAUUCAACCUUUCUGAUGCCAUUGAUGUGUCUGCAAACGAGAAAGCCACCAUGCAAAACCUCAAUGACCGUCUGGCCUCCUACCUGGAGAAGGUGCGCUCCCUCGAGAAGGCCAACGCUGAUCUUGAGCUGAAGAUUCGCCAGUUCCUGGAUAGCAAGACAGCCCCCACUGCUCGUGACUACAGUGCCUACUAUGCUACUAUCAGUGACCUCCAGGCCAAGAUUCAGCAUGCCACUGGAGUGAACGGAGGCAUCUACUUGAGCAUUGACAACGCCAAACUGGCUGCAGAUGACUUCAGAGUCAAAUAUGAGAAUGAGCUGAGCAUGAGGCAGUCUGUAGAGGCAGACAUUGCUGGCCUGAGGAAGGUGCUGGAUGAGCUGACAAUGACCAGAUCUGAUCUGGAGUUGCAGAUUGAGGGUCUAAGAGAAGAGCUGAUCUUCCUCAAGAAGAACCACGAGGAGGAACUCUUGGCGGUCCGUGCCCAGAUGAGUGGACAAGUCAACGUGGAGGUAGACGCAGCACCACAGGAAGACCUGACAAAGAUCAUGGCUGAAAUCCGUGAGCACUAUGAGGCUGUUGCUAACAAGAACCGCAAGGAUCUUGAGGCCUGGUUCCAUGCUAAGAGCGAAGCCCUCAACAAGGAAGUUGCUGUGAGCACAGAAACCCUUCAAAUAUCCCGAUCUGAAAUCACAGAAGUUAAACGCACACUCCAAAGUCUUGAAAUCGAGCUACAGUCACAACUCAGCAUGAAAGCGUCGUUGGAAGGCACUUUGGCAGACACACAGGCCCGCUACGCCGCCAUGUUAAAUGGCUACCAAAUGCAGGUGAGCAGCCUGGAAGAACAGUUGGUGCAGCUUCGUGCCGAUCUGGAGCGUCAAGGGCAAGAGUACAGGAUGCUUCUGGAUAUCAAGACCAGACUGGAGAUGGAGAUUGCAGAGUACAGAAGACUGCUGGACGGAGAGGCUACAAGCCACUCAGCCUCAAGCUCAAGCACAACCUCAACUACACGCAAAGUGGUAACCAUUGUGGAAGAGGUGGUGGAUGGCAAAGUGGUCAGCUCAUCCUCCCAGUCUAAAAGCGAGGUUGUGUCAACUACAUCCUAAGUCAGAGUGGUGAAAAACCAAUAAACUGCACUAAAUGUGCACUAACUCUGCA